UUUUUCAUUGAGCUUAUUGACUUGAUUUUCUUACUUUUUAAAAAAGAUGUAUUUAUUUAUGCAUACAAGAACUCUGGAGUACAGGCCAGAGGUGCAGGGGGUGAGAGGAUUCACCAGAGACAGAAUGGAACAGAACAGGCAGACUGACUGCAUACACUGCUGAGGGGAGCAGCACGCGGGGCAGGAGAGGUCUGCUGCACCAGAUUGAAGUAUUGGAGCCAUGGGAAUAAAAGUUCAGCGUCCUCGAUGUUUUUUUGACAUCGCCAUUAAUAAUCAACCUGCUGGAAGAGUUGUCUUUGAAUUAUUUUCUGAUGUAUGCCCCAAAACUUGCGAGAACUUCCGUUGUCUUUGUACAGGUGAAAAGGGGACAGGAAAAUCAACUCAGAAACCAUUACAUUAUAAAAGUUGUCUUUUUCACAGAGUUGUUAAAGACUUUAUGGUUCAAGGUGGUGACUUCAGUGAAGGAAAUGGAAGAGGAGGGGAAUCUAUUUAUGGAGGAUUUUUUGAAGAUGAGAGUUUUGCUGUUAAACACAACAAAGAAUUUCUCUUGUCAAUGGCCAACAGAGGGAAGGAUACAAAUGGUUCACAGUUUUUCAUAACAACGAAACCAACUCCUCAUUUAGAUGGGCAUCAUGUUGUUUUUGGGCAAGUGAUUUCUGGUCAAGAAGUUGUAAGAGAAAUAGAAAACCAGAAGACAGAUGCAGCUAGCAAACCAUUUGCUGAAGUGCGGAUACUCAGUUGUGGAGAGCUAAUUCCCAAAUCUAAAGCUAAGAAAGAAGAAAGGAAAAGACAUAAAUCUUCAUCAUCAUCAUCUUCAUCAUCUAGUGACUCAGAUAGCUCAAGUGAUUCUCAGUCUUCUUCUGAUUCUUCUGAUUCUGAAAGUGCUUCUGAAGAGAAAUCAAAAAAAAGAAAAAAGAAACAUAGGAAGAAUUCCCGAAAACACAAGAAAGAAAAGAAGAAGCGAAAGAAAAGCAAGAAAAGUGCAUCCAGUGAAAGUGAGGCUGAAAAUCUUGAGGCACAGCCCCAGUCUACUGUUCGUCCAGAAGAGAUCCCUCCUGUACCUGAAAAUAGAUUCCUAAUGAGAAAAAGUCCUCCUAAAGCUGAUGAAAAAGAAAGGAAAAACAGAGAGCGAGAGCGAGAGCGAGAAUGUAAUCCACCUAACUCUCAACCUGCUUCAUACCAGAGACGACUUUUAGUUACUAGGUCUGGCAGAAAAAUUAAAGGAAGAGGACCAAGGCGUUACCGAACUCCUUCCAGAUCCAGGUCAAGGGAUCGUUUCAGACGUAGUGAGACUCCUCCACAUUGGAGGCAAGAGAUGCAGAGAGCUCAAAGAAUGAGGGUGUCAAGUGGUGAAAGAUGGAUCAAAGGGGAUAAGAGUGAGUUAAAUGAAGUGAAAGAAAAUCAAAGAAGUCCAGUUAGAGUAAAAGAGAAAAAAAUAACUGAUCACAGGCAUGUGUCUGAGAGUCCAAACAGAAAAAGUGAAAAGGAAAAGAGAGUUAAAGAUCAUAAAUCUAACAGCAAAGAGAGAGAUGUCAGAAGAAAUUCAGAAAAAGAUGAUAAGUAUAAUAAAAACAAGAUGAAGAAAAGGGCCAAAUCUAAAAGUAGAAGUAAGAGCAAAGAGAAAUCAAAGAGUAAGGAAAAAGAUACAAAGCAUAAUAGACAUGAAGAUAAGAGGAUGAGGUCCAGGAGUAAAGAAAGGGAUCAUGAGAGUAUUAAAGAAAAAGAAAAAUCUGAUUCUAAAGGAAAAGAUGAGGAAAGGAGUAGAAGUAAAGAGAAAUCUAAACAGUUAGAGUCAAAAAGUAAUGAGCAUGAUCAUAAUAAAAGUAAGGAAAAAGAUAGACGUGCACAAUCUAGGAGUAGAGAACGUGAUAUAACUAAAAGCAAGCACAGUUACAAUAGUCGAACAAGGGAAAGAAGCAGAAGUAGGGACAGGAGCAGAAGAGUGAGAUCUAGAAGCCACGACCGAGAUCGCAGCAGAAGCAAGGAGUACCAUAGAUACAGAGAACAGGAGUACAGGAGAAGAGGAAGAUCACGAAGCCGGGAGAGAAGAACACCAGGAAGAUCAAGAAGUAAAGAUAGGAGGAGGAGGAGGAGAGAUUCACGAAGUUCAGAGAGAGAAGAAAGUGAAAGCAGAAACAAAGAAAGAUAUAGAAGCCAAGAAAGUAAGAGUUCACACAGAAAAGAAAAUUCUGAGAGUGAGAAAAGAAUGUACUCUAAAAAUCGUGAUCAUAAUAGCUCAAAUAAUGACAGGGGGAAGAAGGCUGACAGAGAUCAAAGUCCAUUCUCAAAAAUAAAACAAAGUAGUCAGGACAAUGAAUUAAAGUUCUCCACGUCGAAAAAUAAGGAAGAUGAGAAGACCAGAUCCUCAGUGGAAAAAGAAAACCAAAAAUCAAAGGGUCAAGAAAAUGACCAUGUACACGAUAAAAAUAAAAAAUUUGAUCAUGAAUCAAGCCCUGGAACAGAUGAAGACAAAAGUGGAUGAGUGAGUUGUAUAAACUUCUUGUUCCUAUUCUGUCUCAAAUUUUAAGUUUUAGAGACUUGCAAUGAAUCUCCUUUAUGUUUUUUUCCUCUUUUCAUUGUUUUUGGGCUGUUUUAUGUUUGUCUUUUUUUUUUUUUAACGUGGACUUCAUUCUUUUGAUAAUCUGCAACCUGGAUAAUUUGUACUACUAAAGUUUUAAUAAACUUGAAAUGAGAAAAACACUUUGGUGUAAUAGUGUGUGCUGUGUUUAACUGUUUCAUGUAUGCAUUUUUGUGUUGCAACAAUCAGCCAAUAGCAGACAUGCUAUUCUGUGCCCUGAUGUAUGAUCAGCCAGUUGGAAACAGCAUAACUGAUUGUUGUAAUACAUUGUUAAAAAAGAUUGUGUUUUUCAUGAUUAAAGUAACCUUAGAAGCCACUAGGUAGAAGAAAUCUUGUAUAGAUUUUGUGAUUGCAUUUGUUAUAGAGGCUUGCAGCAGCAGCUUUUAAUUAUGCAGAAGCAGGAUCCUAAUAACUUGAGAUCUUAAAUCAUCACUUUUGAUUUGAUAGUAAUUUGUGUUUUAAAAAUACAUAUUUAGUUAUUUAUAUUGUACCUCAUUUGUUAUUCCUUCCGCCCAUAACUUGUUUCAUACUGGUAUUUCUCCUGUUCAGAUUAAUUUUACUUUAUAGUAAAAUAGUUGAGUAUUGUUUUUUGUUUUUUUCAGUUGAAGUACUGAUUGAACUUGACUUGCUGUUAUACAGCAUUUGACAAGAACUAUACCUUGGAAGAUCAGACUAUAAAUCUCAAUUUUGUGUUUGCUUUUGGUCUGAACAGAUGAAACUUGCUUUGGGAGAACAUUGUUUUAUUAUCAUUACCCUUCUCUAAAAUCAAAAAUUACUUUUCUCACUAAAACAUACCACUUGUGCAGGUCUUUAAGUUAGAUAGAUUCUAAAAAGUGUUACUAUUCAAACAUUAACUUCCAGGAUUUCUCUCUCUUGGCCACUGACUAUAGAGAGUUGAGUGUUAACUCUGCAUGGUUUUGUUUUUCUUCUUAACUUGAGCUGACUUCUCUAAUUCUCAUAGCUGUGUGUUUCAAAUGGCAAAUAAAUGCAUCUUUUCUAUAUAUGUAUCACAAUAGGCUGUAGCAUGUUUAUGACUCUAGUUUCUUUCUAUUCAGGUGGCUUUUUACCAUUACUGUUAACAUUAUUUUAACUUGGCAUGUAUAACAUUAUCACAUAGAGUAGAAAGUUACAAAAUUUGAUUGCUUACAGAGUUAAACACUAAAGAUACCCAAAGUCCAUUUAGAAUUUUGUGUGUUGUAUAUUGCUAUUUUUGUGAUGUGUCGCCUUUUAUUCUGUAAUUUCUCUUCUAAAUAAAAUAUUGAAUAUCCAGCAAACACAAAACCUGCCUCAUUUGAAAAGAGAUUUCAGAAUUUCAAUUAAUAGUAGCCUCUACAGUGUUUUGUACUUUAAUAUUUGUCAAUAUAGUGUCGACUCUUACCAAGGUAGUUUCUUGGUAAACCCAGUAGCUAUUUAAUGCUAUUUGUGCUGAGCAAAGUAAUGCUUAACAUAAUACUUCCCAUUAUUGAUUAAUACAGUAAUGUUAGAUUGGGCAUUGUAGUAGCUGUUUGCAGAAUGAACAGGGUUUUAUUUUAAGAUUGAUUGGAGUAUCUUGAAAUAAUAUCCACAGUAAGUCUUUCCAAAUUUUUUUCUGAAUAAUGAAAGUAAUAGAUGUAUAUUGUAAUCCAAUGUAAUCAAUUCCUUAGAUUUUGACCACAAACCCACCUUGGGGAUAAGUGAGUCUUGAGUGCCCAAGUUGUAUAAUCUGUUGUGUAUUUUAAGCUAGUUAUUAUUUAAUCUCAAGUUCAGUGAAUAGCUUUUUAAAAGUCUUUGUUAAAAAUUAUUUGAGCUUCAAGAAAGGUGCUAUUUGAGAGGAUUUGUAAUAACAAUGACAUUUAAAAAUUUUAAAACCAUGUUAAGUAAAAAUCCUUCUUUGUUGUCUGAUCCCAGAGCUUUAUCUACUAAGAAUUAGAGAUAAGCAACCAUAGGUAGCAAAACUUGCUACUUUCUAUAUGUGGUGACUUCCUGUUUUGAUUAUCAAAAGAAUAACUCCAUGCUAAGCAUAAUUUAUAGGCCUUUUAAAAAAAGCUUUGUGAGCUGUUUUUAUAGUAGGACAGAUGUGAUGAAAAAAUUGAGAGAUGACAAUCAGCUAGAUUUUAUUUUCAAAAUAUAAAGUACAUUUAGAAAAUGAUUAAACAGCAUUGACUGUACCUCAAAUCUGCCUUUGCAUCUAAAUAGCACGUGGCUCUAAAGGUCCUUACAUUACAUUUUUAAUAGUUGUGCCAUCUUGUUACUUUGAGCAUAAUUAUUUUUCUAAAAAGCAAAUACUCUUCUCUGUGAAGUUGUCGUUAUAGUUACGUCUGAGCUUACAAUUUACUUGCACAUGUCUUUAACCUAAAUUCCUCUUAAAGGUAUUUCAAUCCGUUUGUUUUUAAUUGCUUGAUUUGACAUAUGAGAAUUUUUUUUCAUGAUUAUUUCAAGUGAAUUCUUUUUCUGUGUAAAUGAUCUGCUACAGAAAUUGAUGCUACAGGGAGAUAAAUGUUAAUGAUCAGUAGAGAAGCUACUGGGUUGCUUUAAAACACUUUUUAAUUACUCUAUAGUUACUGAAUUCAUAGGGCAUUGUACUUUCAAAGUUCCCCUUAACAAAAUCCUCACAAAAGUUUCAAAGAAAUUGUGUAAGAAGUCUCUCUUUGCACAAGUAUGAUAACUUAUUUCAGAUUAGCUUUGCUGAAUGGCCUUUGAUUUUUGUGACCAUUGGGAAAUACAAAAUUAAAAUGUAAAACUUAAUAUUACAGACCAGAAUACAUUGGGUUUCUGGUAUUUUGAGUACUGAUAUUAACUGACAUUUCUAAUUUGUUUUCAAGUUAGUAUGUGGAGCAAGUUUGUAUGUUUUUUAGUAAUUCGUUUCAUCACCUUGAACCUUUUAUAGUAAAUUUCAUAGAAACUUGUUCCCUUAGCCUUCACCAGAAGGUACUUUAUAUACACCAUAUAGUUGUGAAUAAGGAAAUGUGAAAUGGGUAUUUUUGGUCUCCUUUUGAUUGUGUUUACUAUAAUUACUCAGUUUAGUAUUCAUAUAUUUACAGUUGAAUAAACUUCAAGGAUUGCAGGUUUAUGACCUGUUUAUUGUGAAAAGAUGUUUUGUUACAAAUACUUGUUUAAAAAUUUAAUAAAUACACCAGGAAAUGCAGGAGUAGCUGAUACCUGCAUAUCAUGGGCUUUCUAACUAUUGGCCUUUUAAAAGAUCCAGGCAAAUGCCAACUGGCCUUUGAUGUGACGGAAAAUCAAUUUUAAAGGAAAAGAAAAAUAUAUUUCAUCAGGUUGAAUGAUGGUUUUUGGUUUCAAGGGUUUUUGUGUUUUAGGUACAGAAGCCAGUGGUGGGGUUGAUUUGUGUUUCUACCUUUUUUUUUUAUUAAGUAAAUUCCUAUGUUACUAAAAGCACAUGCUGUAUAUUUUGUUCAUUUGUGUGUUUAUAAUGUUUUGAAGGAUUGAGAAAUGGAUUGGGUAUUUGUACAUGGGAAUGUUAAAAAGUGGCUGCUUUCUGUGGAAGGGAAAAGCAAAUGAAGUUGAUGCACUUCUUUUCCUAGCUCAAAAGUCACUGUGAUGUAUAUUUUUUUAAUAAAAUUUAGGAAUAAAGCUGUUGUUGCAGUUGUAUAAUUAGUUUAAAAAUGCUGCUUCUCUUAUUAGUAACUGUUAAACUGUUUUCUGCAAACUGCAUUUUACAGAAUUUAAACUUUAAACUGUAUCAACUUUUAUAGUUAAACAUUGUAUUAAAUAAACUAUGCUAUAAUAACCCGUUUGUUUUGCAUUUUUAAUUAAUGAGUUCACCUUAAUUUUUAUAAAAAGUUAAAUAGUAAAGAUAAAUCAAUUAUACUUUUAACCAUGGGGAUAUAGAAUUAUUUGUGUUAAGAGUAAGGAGUUUAACAGUACUGAGCUUCUUUAAGAAUUUAGCCAGCAGUGAUGAUUUCCAGAAGUUUGAGAGUAAGUUCUAGUGUAAAUGUUGAUCAUAGUGCUUCAGAUUGCAGUGUGUCUUUUCAGCAAAAUUUUAAGGUUACAGUUGGAAUUUGCAUUACUGUAUACUGGAAUGCUGCCGUUUGCUUUUUAAUUCCUCCAAAUUUCUCAUCAUUAGAAACACUAUUAUAUUCUGUUUUAAUACAACACAUUGUAAAGUCAUAUGAGUGGUGAUUGGCUUUUGUAAAAUAAAUUGUCUUAAUUUGGAGGAGGUUUAUUUUUAUGUAAAUUAGACAUUUAGGGAAAAAUGCACCUAUUUGAGUUAGUCACUAAAUAUAUGUGUAGAUAUAUAUGUAUAUAUAUGCUUAGGUUAAAAUCUGGCCAAUCAUUUUUAUAUGUUAACAGUUGGAUAUUAGCUCAAAUUCUGGAGUGUUUUCCAAUGCUUUAGUCAGGAAAAUCUGUAAAAUGUGAGUGCUUCAUAUGGACUGCAGAUUGUGUAUUAAAAUACUUUUCGUAUCAAUUUGCUUUCUAUUUUUCAUUGCUUUCUAGGUUUCUUAAACAUCAAUACUGUAUUUUUAAAUGCUGAUUCAUAAUUUUUACCCUUUUUAACUUUUUGCCACAAAUUUUAUAGCAAUGGGUUCCUUUUGUUAGAUUAGUAAGUUAGAACUGUUGUGUUUCUAGUGCUCUCAAUGUGCUUUGCAGUUUUCACUUGAAUUGUUCUGAUUUUUAAAAAUUUGACAUAGCCUUUUUUUAGUGUGUGUAAUUAGCAGAAAGCCCAGAUCAAUAGAAAGUAAAACAACUUAAAUAUGUGAGGGAGAAUUAAUGAUGUCUUCAGUGUUUUAUGUUAGCCUUUGUUGGGCAAAGUUGGUUUUAAAACGUAAUUAACCAUUUUGUAGAAGCUUAUGUUCUAUUGUAUAAUGUGAGAUAGCUUUAUCCCAAACUGUUAAUCACCCCUGAGUAAUAUAUGUAUUAAGACAACUAAAAGAUAUUAUAGAGGUUCACAGUUUACUGUGCAUUUGUUUUUUAAAAUCUGUUAUUUUAACAAAGGGCAACCUGAAGCCAAAAGAAAUACUUGUUUUAAAUAAGUUCAAAUAGCCAACCUACUGCCUUGUACAAAAUUUUAAAACAUUUUUAUUUCACUCAGCCAUGAAUAAUUAAUGGAAUGUGUGCAACUUAGUCAUUGCACAACACAAAAUAGUAUGCCUGUGAUGCUGUACCUAUGGAAGAGUAUUUUAAUUAAAAUACUGUUUCCCUUAAAAAAUUGUUUUAAUAUCCUACCAACUGCAUUUGUGAGUACACUCAGAACAGCUGAGAAUCGUGUAAUGUUUCUAGCAGUCAGUUACAUUAUUCCUUUAUAGCCAAGGUUUUUGUUUUUACUAGGAUACAUAAACCCCAAAGCAGUGAUUCAGAAUGACGGUUUGCUUUCAAAAACAUCUGAUGGGAGUAGGGGAGGGUACAGAUCCAGUAGAACAUGGCAGAUUGUUGACACUGGUGUAUAGGCAAAUACAAAGGUAUAACCCCACUUUACUUGAAUAAACCUAAUUUGGAUGCUCUCUGCAUUUAUUGAUGUAAUGAUACUUUUUUUGAUGUGAAUUAUUACAUUGAUUGAUUUUCAGGUAUUGAACCAUAUUGUUGGAUUUUUGCAUCUAUGUUCAGAGAAAUUGGUCUGCAGUUUUCUUUUGUUUUUGUGAUUUGUCAGGUUUUGGCCUCAUAAAAUGUAUGAGGAUAUUAAAAUGUAUGACUGAUUUGUCAGUGACGUUGGCCUCAUAAAAUGUAUUUAGAAGCUUUCCCUCUGUUGUUGGGAUAAGUAAGAUAUUAGUGCAUCUUUGAAGGUUUGCUAGGACUCACUGGUGAAACUGGGGGCCUGGACUUCUGUUCUUCCAAAGACUUUU